AUGACUGAAUAUAUUGAUAGAAAUCAAUCAUAUGAAAAAAGAAACUCAACAAUGUUUGCUCACGAUAUUACAAUUGAAGAUUGUAGAGAAGCUAUUAAAGGUGUAGCUGGUUUUCGUGAAACUCUUAAAAAUGGUUUAGUUUGUUUCAAUUAUGACUUUUGUUUUAGAGAUUCAUUCCCAAAUCCAGAUAAAGAAUCAGAUUCAAAAAAAGCAUUUUUACAUAAAGUAAGAAGAGAAUGUAGAGGUAUUAUUUUCGAAGAAAAAACAGGUAAAAUUGUUUGUAGAAAGUUACACAAGUUUUUCAAUAUCAAUGAAUUACCAGAAACUAAUCAAGAUGAUAUUUUAUUAGAUGAAGAAUUUAUAUUAUUAGAGAAAUUAGAUGGUUCAUUAAUUGCCCCAAUUAAUAUUGAUGGUUCACCAGCUUGGGGCUCAAAAGCAGGUAUUACAGAUCUUACUACAAGAAUUGAAGGUCAUAUCAAAAAGAAAUUAGAAGAAGAAACCAAAUACGACGAAUUUGCCAAGUAUUGCUUCGAAAAAGGUUAUACACCAUUAUUCGAGUGGUGUUCAGUUCUUAACCAAAUUGUAUUAUUUUACCCAGUCGAUAAAUUACACUUAAUUGCAAUGAGAAAUAUGCUCACAGGUGAUUAUUUAACACAUUCAAAGAUGGUUGAAGCCGCCAAACCAUUUAAUGUACCAGUCGUUGAAUGUGUAGAUAUUAAGAACCAUCCACAAUUUGUCGAACUCUAUAAAGAACUUUCAUCCAAUGGUGCAGACCACGAUAACCUUGUUAAGACUGGUGCUAAAAGAAUCUUAGAAUUAGUUCAAAAAAUCCCACAAGUAGAAGGUUAUAUUUUAAAAUUUGACAGCGGUAGAACAUAUAAAUUAAAAACCAAUUGGUAUUUCGAAUUCCAUGGUAUUGCUACAAAUAAUUAUUCACACGAAAAAGAUGUUUUCCACUUAAUUUUAAAUGAUGGUUUAGGUGCAAUCGAUGAUUUAAUCAGUAAACUUGCUGCCACAGGUCAAGUCCCAGAAAGAUUCUUUAGAAUUCAAAAUUUUGCUAAAGAGGUUUUAAGCAGAGUCGAAGAGCUCUCCUAUAAAGUUAUAGAGUUUAUUAUCAAGGCAAAAUCAGAAGGUAAAAUGCGUAAAAAUAUUUCAAAUGAUAACUCAAUUUCAAACAAUUUCAAGAAAAUGGUUUUCUCUUUCUAUGAUACAAUCGAAUAUAAUCACGACCCAAAAGCACAUAUCGGUAAAGUUUCAAAAUCAAUUCAAGAAAAAUUAAAAUUACUUUGUUUUAAUUCAAAUAAAUUAGAUGAAGUCAAAAAAAUAUUAGGAGGAAAUUUAGAUUUCAAAGAUUAA